AUGGCGCAAGAAUCGCAAGUCGCGCCCCGCUACCUGACCGGCGAUAAGGCUGGUCUCCAGGAGUUCCUGAAUAAGUUUGAUGUCCGUACUUUUCGGUAUUCCUGUUCGACUGCGAUGGUCUGUCCCCCAUACCGUCUCGAUUUCGUUGGCGGCCAGUGGAAGCUAACAAUCGGCGCAGGCAAGCAAGUGGUUUUCGUGACGAACAACAGCACCAAGUCGCGCGCAGACUACCGCAAGAAGCUUGAGGGCUUGGGUAUUCCCAGCACAGUGGAAGAAAUCUUCUCCUCGUCAUACAGCUCCUCCAUAUACAUUUCGCGCAUUCUGCAGCUCCCCGAGAACAAGCGCAAGGUCUAUGUGAUUGGUGAGACCGGAAUCGAACAAGAACUCCGCUCUGAGGACGUCCCCUUCAUUGGCGGCACAGACCCCGCGUACCGUCGCGAUGUGACCCCAGAUGAUUACAAGAAGAUUGCCGCAGGCGAUGAAUCCCUACUGGACCCCGAAGUCGGCGUGGUACUUGUCGGCCUCGACUUCCAUAUGAACUACCUUAAGAUCGCGCUGGCAUACCACUAUAUCAAACGGGGAGCGGUAUUCCUGGCCACCAACAUCGAUUCCACACUGCCCAAUUCGGGAACUCUCUUCCCUGGCGCAGGCUCAAUGAGCGCGCCGCUUAUCAUGAUGUUGCAGCAGGAGCCCGUUGCCCUUGGCAAGCCCAGCCAGGCUAUGAUGGACGCCAUUGAGGGCAAGUUCAAGUUUGACCGUAGCCGUGCUUGCAUGGUUGGUGACCGUGCUAACACGGACAUUCGCUUUGGACUCGAGGGCAAGCUUGGUGGUACGCUCGGUGUGCUGACUGGUGUCUCUUCUAAGGAGGAUUUCGUAUCCGGUGAUGUUAGGCCUCAUGCUUAUCUGGAUAAGCUUUCUGACUUGCUGGGUUCGGAGUAG